CAAAUCAGUUGUCAAUCAGGACUUUUAUAUCUAUAUAAUAAUUUAUUCUAAAUAAUUUUUACGAGAUAUCGCCCGAGUUGUCAUUUCUGCGAAUCGAGUUUGCGAUACAUGAUAUAUUUUUACCGUCAUCAUUGGGCAAAUUGAAUCGAACCAUGGCCAUGGGAGAAAAUAACGCUACUGAAGACACUUUGUUGCUGGGUAAUUCUCGACGUGACAGCUCGUCCGCGGAGACAACGAGGGAAUAUCGGAGCCGAUGGUUGUCAAUACGAAUAAUGUACCUGACGAUGUUUGUCGCCAGUAUUGGAUUCUCACUCGUUGUAACUUCUAUAUGGCCAUACUUCAAGUCGGUAGAAAGGAAUGCUGAUACUACAUUUUUAGGGUGGUUAGUAGCCGCUUACAGUCUCGGACAGUUCGUCGCAUCUCCAAUAUUUGGACUGUGUAGCAAUUAUUUGCCAACCAAGGUGCCAUUGUCGAUAUCUCUUGUAGUCGGCAUAGCGGCUAAUAUACUCUAUGCCUUCGCUGGUUCGUUUGCAAGCAACAGUGGCACCAUUAUGUUGAUUGCUAGAAUUGGGGUUGGUGUAAGUGCAGGAAACAUUGCCGUAGUCAGAUCCUACUCAUCAGGAUCCACCACAUUGAAAGAAAGGACGCCCGCUAUGGCCAAUCUCAGUGCUGCUCAAGCUCUUGGAUUCAUUCUUGGUCCAGUGGUCCAGACGGCGUUCGCCCCCGUAGGUGAACGUGGAGUUGACUGGGAUGCCAUCAAAUUACGCGUAAACAUGUACACAAUACCAGCACUACUGAGUGCCGCACUGGGUUUAGUAAAUCUGGUAUUGGUGUUGGGUUUAUUCCGGCAUCACCAUGUACCCGACAUAGACCAAAGCAAAACGACGACCACUUCCACGACAGAGAACGACGAUUUAAAUGCCACCGUCAUCGUCCAAGGAUUUAUUGAUAAAACAGCAGUACUAUUUUGUAAUAUCAUAUUCUUUAUAAUUUUAUUUGUCUUUUCUCUCAAUGAAACAAUUGGUACACCCUUGUCGAUGGACAUGUACGCUUGGGAUUCACAGCAUGCAGUGUUUUACACUGGACUCAUUCUGGGCGUUGGCAGUGUUGUUGCCAUGGCGAUGUUUAUGUUACUCAAACCAUUAGCUAAAAGAUUCGAUGAGCGUAAAAUACUAUUCGGUGGUGUUCUCCUUAUGUUCAUUGGAUUCCUAUUAGACAUACCAUGGCCUUGGACAUCUGUGUAUCCUCCUAGGCCGUACACAACUUUGAACUCGACCAUAAACGACACCUUGCCAAUACUUCAUAACGCAACAUCGCCCACUCGCGGCUGUUUAUGGACAGUGACGUGGUGUGACAACACUCAUAUGAUAUACCUACCACAGUAUCUGACGUCAGCAUUUUUUUUAGCAUCCGGGUAUCCUGCAUCAACCGUUAUGAGUUUUACUAUUUACUCCAAAGUAUUAGGACCAUCUCCACAGGGAGUCUAUAUGGGAUUACUAACGUCAUCGGGAAGCUUGGCACGAACCCUGGGUCCAGUAACAGUUAGUCAGUUAUAUGCAAAAUAUGGACCAACGUGGACGUUCCUAAGUGUGACAGUUUUUCUUUUACUUACUUUAAUAGGUUUGGUCAUUGUUUAUCGGCGACUAAUACCAUUCGUAGAUCGUACACGACAAUUAGUCAAUGUUACUUCCGUCAAUUGA